AUGACAGGAAAGAAGGCAUUUCAGGUGUAUAUUUCCAAGAGAAAUUCCGUGAGAAUUGUGAAAAUACUUGGUUUUCAAUACAACGUGGGUAGGUUGAAUGGCUGCUAUUUUGGUUUCCGAUCCCUAAUUUGGAUAAUUUUGUGGUCGUAUUGGCGGGAAUCUUUGUUCAAGAUGACUACUGAAGAAGCUGUUGUUGAGGAGAUCAAUUACGAAGAGCAAUAUGGGGUGCUUAUCGAAGAGAAUAAAAAGUUGAAGAUUGAUAUUUCAAGUUUACAGUUAAGCAAUCGAAGUCUUGUCAAUCAAAAUAGGGAUGAAAAGAAAAAGGUUAUGGAUUGUCGUUUGCAGAUUGCUGACCUAGAGGGACGCCUAAAAGCGUUCGAUGCCACGAAGCAGGAGUUAGCUGACUCUCAAGCACAAUGUGAACGCGUACGUAUGACAUUAGAAAGUUGUGAAGCUAAACUAGCUGAUGCCGAAAGACGUGCUGAUGAAGCAUCCGGUUUGAUAAAAGUAAAGGAUAGCAUUAUUGUGAAGCAAAGCAAUUUCACAAAAGAAAUUGAAGAACGCUUACGAAAUAUCACUGAGGAACGAGAUAAUUUGUUACAUAAAACCUCUAAUCUAGAGAUGGAAUUAAAUGCAGCUAUAAUUAGGGGUGAAGAUGCUGAUGACUUAAAAGAACGUUUGAAAGCGUUGCAAGAACUUUUUGAUAAUUUAGUCAAUGAACGUUCUGAAACGACUAGUGAGAGUGGAUUAGCUGCUGCUAAUGACUAUUUCAAAUCUGAACAGGCUAAAUCUGAAAACCGUAUAGCUGAACUUAAAGAAAUAAAGAGUGGAUUGGAGCAGAAGAUUGAAGAAUUAUGCGAUGAUAAAAAGAAACUGCAAAUGCAGUUGGAACAACAACUGGAUGAAUACGAGAAAUUGGGUGAAAAAUGCGCAACUCUGGAAGCACGCAUCAAAGAAAUGGCUCAUUCCGAAAGGAGAUAUGGUGGUGGUAUGCUUGGUUCUCGUCUCAUUGGACCAACAUUGCCUCCAUGGAUUACCGAUGAUAAAAAGCUGGAAAAUGACUUAGAACGUCUGUCAAAGACCGAUCCUGCCACUCUACGCGCUAAAGUUAUGGAGCUAGAAAGCCAGGUUAACGAACUCAACCAACUUUUGACAUAUCGAGAAGAUGUUAUCCUACGUAUUCAUGAGGAAAUAUCCAAAAAGGCUUCUAAACUUGAAGCUGCAGAUGUUGAACGUUCAAGUCUUACAGCUCAAAUCAGUAUACUAAAACGCGAGUUGGCAACGGCUCGUGAAGACUUAGCUCGUCGUGGGGUAGGUCCUCUUGAAUUAGACGCUGAGAUUGAACGUUUGCGAAGUAAGCGAGAUCGAGAAUACCAACGACGCAAACGAACUGAAACCGAUUUAGAGGCUAUGGAAAAGGAAAAUCAAGAGCUAAAACAAAGGAUCAAGAGAUUGGAAGAAGCAGCUAUAGCAACCCCUCCUAAACCGAUCAUUCCUCAAAGUGAUCCUUCUGAUAGAAAUAAAAUUAUUGAACUCCAAGGCGCUGUAAAUCAAUUACGAAUGGACAAUGAAGCCAAGAGAUCGGAACUUUUCGAUUUACGAUCUCGAUUUGAUGCUAAAUCUGCACAGGUGGAUAAAAUGUCUGCAGAGUUUAAAACUAAAGAGCGUCUCUGCUCUGAGCUUACUACACAGCUUACAACUACACGUGGUCAAUUAGAGAGUAUUACAAAAGAGUUGGAAUCAGUUCGAUGUAGAGCUGUUCGUGGUGGAGCUGAAGUUGAACGGUGGCAUUCUGAUUUAACAAGUUUGCAAACUACCAAUAAAUUCCUUUCUUCUCAGUUAAAUGAUCUACGCAGUAAAGUGAUUGCCAAGGAUAGAAUGAUUGUUGAAUUAACAAAACGUUGUGAAGAUAUUUUAAAAAGUCAUUCCACUAAAGUUGCAGAAGAGCCAUGUGAAAAUGUUACUAAUGGAGAAGUACUGUGUCUACGCUGCCAGGGUCGUUUGCAUACAGAAGAUAAACAACAGUCUACCGAACUGGACAUUAUAUCUCAGCUCGAAAGUAAACUUUCUUCAGUGGAGAACCGUUGUGAAAGCCUAAUGACAGAAGCAAUUAAAACUCAGCAAGAGAAUGAAAGUGUAAAAUGUCAGUUGGAAUCAGAACUUGCUAGUGCUCAGCAGUGCCUCCAGAAGUUAUCUGAAGAAGUUGCACGGGAAAGAGAGAUAGCUUGUAGUUCAACAUCACGAGUACAGGAGCUUACUGCUCAAGUAAAUCAGCUGGAGACAGACCUCUCUCAGACCAGAUUACAAUUAUUAGAAGCCCAGUCUGAUCAUCAAAAAGAGAAUGAUGUUAAUGCCACCUCACCUCCUGCUAAGCGAACUAGGCGAAGCGCAAAUUCUACUGUCAACAAUGUCAAAGCAAAUUCAAAGAACAAUCAGGAACAUUCGUCAGGUGGACGGCAUUAA